UCUAUUGACUGUUUCAGCUGUCAGGAAGUCUGGACCAGACUCCGGUUUUUCCUCCCAGUAAACCGGUUUAUACUCCGGUUUUCUGCCAGUAAACGGAGUCAGAAAGCGGCUUGAAGCGGGUACAUCUCGCCGGGAUGGAGGAGUAUCAGAACGGCAGCGAGGGUUCAUUCAGCUCAGAGGAGGCGGAGAACGUCGUCAAAGAGGGCAUUGAGAGCGUGCUGGGAGGAGACGACUACAGCCAGACUCAUGUGAACAAAUGGACCGCCGGCAUCGUGGAGCGCUGCCUCACUCAGCUCGUCAAACUGGGCAAACCCUACAAAUACAUCGUGACGUGUUCUGUGAUGCAGAAAACUGGUGCCGGCCUCCACACAGCGAACUCCUGUUACUGGGACACCAGUAUGGACGGAAGCUGCACUGUGAGGUGGGAGAACCGCACCAUGUACUGUGUGGUGAGCGUGUUCGCCGUCUCCAUCGCGUAGGAUUCAAACAUUACACACACCAUCAGAGGAGGGCUGCAGCGUGCUGAUCCAAGCAGCAGGGGGAGACAAAGCGCCACAGUGUUAACGCUGAGAUUCAGCUGCAGACGAAUCACUUCUGCCUGGAUCAUGUAGGAGAGACUUUUGUAUGAGAGCUGCUGCAAAAUAAACACAAUUUCUUGUAAAAUCA